AUGACUGACCACACGACUCAUAACCAGGAGGUCGUAUCUCCCUCCAUGGAAUUCACCAUAAUGAAUGACAUUACAACUCACCAGGAAGUCGUAUCUCGCUCUAUGGAAGGCACCACAUCGACUGAGCACACAACCCGUCAAGAGGUCAUAUCUCCCUCCCUGGAAUUCACCACAAUGAAUGAUCUUACAACUCACCAGGAGGUCGUAUCUCGCUCUCUGGAAGGCACCACAUCGACUGAGCACACAACCCGUCAAGAGGUCAUAUCUCCCUCCCUGGAAUUCACCACAAUGAAUGACUUUACAACUCACCAGGAGGUCGUAUCUCGCUCUCUGGAAGGCACCACAUCGACUGAGCACACAACCCGUCAAGAGGUCAUAUCUCCCUCCCUGGAAUUCACCACAAUGAAUGACCUUACAACUCACCAGGAGGUCGUAUCUCGCUCUCUGGAAGGCACCACAUCGACUGAGCACACAACCCGUCAAGAGGUCAUAUCUCCCUCCCUGGAAUUCACCACAAUGAAUGACCUUACAACUCACCAGGAGGUCGUAUCUUCCUCCAUGGAAGGCACCACAUUGACUGAUCAAGAACGGAAAAGCUGUGUAUCAAGAGAAAUUGUCGAAAGCGGUGUCUAUAUGAUAUACCCUAACUUUAAACCAGACGGUAUCGAAGUGUACUGCGACAUGGACACGGCCGGUGGGGGCUGGAUCGUCAUUCAGAGGCGCCAAGACGGCAGUGAGAACUUCUCCCGCAAAUGGACCGACUACAAGAGAGGCUUCGGCAGUCUAUAUGGGGAGUUCUGGCUCGGGAACGAUAUCAUUAAUCAGCUGACAGCAGAAUCGGGAUGGACUCUUCGAGUUGAUAUGGAGGACUGGGACGGGGGAGUGGCUUGGGCAAAAUACGAUGUUUUCUCCGUAAUGAACGCCCCGUACAAGCUUAUCGUCGUAUCCGUUGAGAGGGGGCUUAACGGUAAGGGUCGGUGGGCUAGACACAGUACACUUCAGUCCAUACAUAUCGCGUGCCACAACACUUCACUGAACCCAUCAGAAAGAGAGUGGUCUCCAUCACCUCGAGUGCCUCAUGUUCCUGCCGUAAAUUUCAACGAUACACCAGAGGACUUUGAAGUGGUUCAUCUAAAAAUAACCUCUCUGCUUUCGGAAUGUGGGGAGAAAUGCAGAGUAUUUUCUCGACACUGA